AUGCUUGCGGGCUUUGGGUUUUCCCCGACUCCCUAUGCCGAGCUGACGUCGGGAUCGGGGCGGAUGGGCGAGGGGCCAAGAGGACGUGGGUUAAACCCAAUCCGGGGACUCCGGGUGACCCCGGGGCGUGGGAACUCAGGUACACCAAUGGUCUUUCAGGAACAAUGGUAUGAUCUUCCGAGACGAAGACUGGAACCGUCUCAAGAAGAUAGGUGGGAAUCCUCGGCCUAUCAGCUACGGCUUGUGCUUACUUGCGCUGCAGCCGAGGGUAACCCAGACGAGGAGAAAAUAGGCGCGUUUGGGGUCGGCUUUUACAGUCUCUUCUCCGUGACAGAGGAGCCCUUUGUAACCUCCGGCGGUCAAUGGAUGGGAUUCUACUGGAAGGACAAAAAGGAUCAGCUUUUUGCCCGUCGGGGUAAAAUACCCUCAGCAGAGGACGACCCAUGGACCACCUUUGAGAUGUCUCUAAGAGAGCCAGUAGCUAUUCCGCGAGCUUUCGAUCUGACUCGCUUCCUUGCAUCAUCUAUAACGUUCAUGGCACAUCUCUGUGAGAUCAACGUCUACUUGGACGACCAACGAAUCUCCAGGUUGACUAAGGACCCUGGUCUCCCGAAGAGUAUCGGUAUUCCCAAAGGGCUUAAAUGCAACAGUCCACGAAAUCUCAUGCAAGUUAAGGAGAUGCAUACUACUCCGUUGUCUAUCAAGGCCGAGUUAAUGAGAUGGGUCUACAUGGCGGGAAGUGAGAAGCCUGUUAGCAAAACGCUAGUCAAGGCUGCUGCUGCCGCCACCGCCGGACCCAGCGGGUUCUUCUCGUCCCUUUUCUCCACUUUGUCUGGAACGAGCGCCCCUCAGCGUCCUCUUACACCUUCUCCCGCCGCUAACCCGACGGAAGAAGUCGAUCCCACAACGAUCACGGAGUCGAGCGUCGUGCUCUUGAUCUUUACAGCAGGCAUUGCCGUGAGACUCGACCAGAAGUUGAGGUCGGAGCUUAAUCGUGCGACAAAGAAGAAUCCACCUACCACUAUGCGUCUGGAGCUUAUCUAUACAGGUAAAGACGAAUAUGACGCGAGUAGGAAAGAGGAUGACCGGCAGCCCGCGAGCACCGGCAGUGUCUUCCAAGGUCUCAGAGCUGAUAUUGAAGGUGCUGGCGCAGCCAAAGUCUUCAUUGGCCACUCGACGGGACAGACGACGGGUCUCGCCGGACAUCUCGCUGCGAGAUUUAUCCCGACGGUCGAACGAGAGUCUAUCGACUUGAUGGAUCGCACUGUAGCAGUGUGGAAUGAGGAGUUGCUCCAUAUCGGCGGUUUCGUGGCUCGGGCAGCCUAUGAGCUCGAGAUGGACAAUAUCCGCCAGUUAUGGACGGCCGCAGCCGAAUCUGCAAGGGGCGAUGGCGGGACAGCCCUCCCGGACGAAGAGCUUCAAACAUGGCUACGGGGCCGUGCGAUACAUGCACUCAAAUUCUUCACUUUCCGUCCUUCAACUCCCUCCUCGCUUGUAUCCGCCAAACUUGAAGCAGCCUUCUUCUCAUGUGCGGCGAACCACCCGUUUCCGAUCAUAUCUACUCGUGGUGUUCGAAGCGCAGCCGACGUCCGCCGUCCUGACCCAGUUUUUAUGGAAUUUCUCAAGGAGCUGCCUGUACUGCCAGGCGAAGUCACGACGGGAGCGGAGAUGAUCGUCGGGGCUCUGCGCACCCGAGGGAUGAUCCGUGACAUCCAGUUCGUCGAUGUCCUUCAAGAGUUGCGAGCGAGACCUCUUACGGAAGCGGAAAUGGUGAUGUGUCUCAAGUGGUGGACGGGAAUGCAAGGGCAGGUCGAUGCCCAGAAAUACGCAACAAUCCGGAGUGAACUACUAAAUGCUGCGUUGCUCUUUAUCGGCGAGACGCAAAGCAAGGGCGGGAAGGUGAUCCCUAUGUCUUCCAUUCAGACAUUCCUCAAUACGCGCGCAAUGCCGGGGGCGAUCGUGCCUACCGACGGACCACUACCACCACACCUACUUCCCGUCGGUAUAAGCAAACAGCUCGAUACCAGGCAGCUCAGCUCAGCUUUCGCAUGGAGAGAAUUAUCCAUUCUCGAAUGGCUUCAACCUAUCAGCGACCCUGCUGCGUCAGGCCUUGACGUCGAGCAUGAUUUUACGAAGUCGGCUCAAUGGGCUGAACGCGUUCUUCAAGUGAUAUCUCGAGCAUGGCAGCAUCUGUCCAAAGACGUUCAGGAACAAAUUGUUGCGUUGGUGCGGGACAAGAGUUGUGUACCCACAACAGCCGGGUUGAAGACACCUCAAGAAGCAUACUUCCAGAGUGCCCACGUCUUUCGCGACCUUCCUAUCGUGCAUAUGCCAUCCGACGCACCUGUGAAAGGGCCCUUGGAAAAGGUGUUGCAGGCACUUGGGGUGCGCAAACACGUCGAUCUCCAGAUAGUGUUCAACAGGAUGAUCAAGACCGGUGACUGGACAAUUGCCGAACUUAUUAAGUAUCUAGUCGCUGUGCAGUCCACUCUGUCGCCGUUGGAGACAGACCGUCUUCGUAUGACGGCCGCAUUCCUGAAAGAAGACGAAUCAGGCAACAGCAAAGACAACAAAGCUACCAGAUACAAAGCCAGCGAUCUCUACGAGCCCUUGGAUAUCUUACGGAAGCUGGGACUUCCUAUCAUUGCAUGGGGCGAGCAGCCAAGGUGGCGUCCCAACUCAGAAGAAGCGAAAUUCCUUUACGGCUUGGGAUUGCGUCGCUUCCCUCCUCUACCUGUUGUCAUCGAGCUCUGCACUAGCCAAGACCAGGACAUUCGCUCCACGGCUCUACAAUAUCUUUUGAGCAACCUGGCAACGAGGUAUACUGACUAUGACCCUGGUACAUUUCAAAACACAGCUUUCGUUCCCACCAUCAAGAACGGUGGACGUUGCUUGGCCAAGCCUUUCGAGGUGUAUACCUCAUCAAGCUGGGCCCAGCUUGGCUUCCUUGUAGUGGACCCCACUCUUCCGUCAGAUGCUGUGGCAAAACUGAAGAUUCCCGAACAUCCUCCCACGACGGCUCUAGUGAAUCUAUUAGAAAGAUCGCCGCCAAAUACAAUCCCGGCUGCUAGAGAAUGGUUUAGCGUGCUGGCUAGUCGAGUCACAGUUUUCACGCCGGCCCAAUUGAAGAAGCUGUCUACCCUGCCAUUUGUCCCAGCCGGGGAAGUCAAGGGUGGCAAUACGCGUAUGCUGCCUCCGAGUCAAUGUUAUUUCAGCGGCACCUCGAAUGUCCAGUUUCACUCUAAAUUGUUUGUCUUCGUCGACUUCGGUAAUCAGGCGAAUCAGUUUUUGAGCGCAUGUGGAACCAAACACGAGCCGUCGGUCGAAGAGAUCGCUAAGAUACUGCUUGAAGAUCCGCGAAAGUUCUACGAGCUGGCAGACGGUCGUGAUAAUUACCUCGCAGAGCUCCGUAACAUCGCCGUGAAUAACCGAUUGAUAUCGACGACCACUAUCACACGACUCAAAAGAGCACCUGUGUUGCUUGGAUCGCGCCGAGUUAAGAAGGACAAGUCUGCCCAAAAGGCUUCGCCGGCAUUGGAUAGUCACGGUGACCUCGAUGAGGAUGACUGGGAUCUUGAGUACGAUCUGUUGUCUCCUGAACAAGUCGUCAUUGCGGACGAUACACAUGCCUACCAGUCAUUCGGGACUUCCAUCUUCACGGCGCCUCAGGAAGAUCUCUUGGAAGCAUUCUAUUUGCAACUGGGUUCCAAACUUCUCAGCUCCGUUGUUCGUGAGGAAUAUCGAACCAGUGCUGAGGUCCGAGGCUCUCGGAAAGCUACGGAAAUCCGAUCCCUGAUCCUUGAGCGAUUGCCUCUCUUUCUACACGAGCACACACAUUCUCGACCGCGCGUGUCCUACACCUGGCUCAACAAUGAGACGAACUUCGUCGUAAGGACUUUCGGCAAGCUUUCGGUCAUCAAGACACUACAAUUUGGCAGCAUCCGCGCCACAAGGAGCCAAGAUACGUCCGCCGUAGCAAAGCGAGAUGGACGUGGACCCAUCGAACUCUGGCUGGCUGGCAACGAUCAAGUGGAUAUGUAUGAGGUGGCAACGUCAAUGUGCCGACUGAUCUUUGAAUCAGCCAAAGUCAAUGAUGCUCUCCUAUUCAUGACUAUUUUGUCCACCGACUUGCGGGCUUUGCGCAGGAGGGGUUACAAUGUCGACAGGAUACUUCGCCAGCAGAAGGCACAACGCGACGCUCAGGAAGAAGCUAAUAAGGAGAAGGCAAAAUCCACAGCGCUUGUCUCUCGCGCUACCCCCGAACCGCCUUCGGGGCCUGUGGCUCCUACACCACCCCUCCCUUCGUUACCAGCGGCUCAGACUUCUCCAUCGGGUAUCACGGAGUCGCCGCAGAACACGGCUAUGGAUGCUCUCAAGCGGGUGUCGGGACCGUCGACCAUGUUCCGGCAGUCUCUUGAUGACUGGAGAAAACGGAUGUUCCACAGCGGUGAUGACGCAUCUCGCAGCUCCAAUAACGACUCCGUUCCACCCACGAGGACUGCCGUAGAUCCGCACUCAGCAGGCAACAAGGAGACACAUCCUCAACCUGACGAAACCGGAUUAGCGCCACCACCUAUGCCUCCGCCAAGGACUCUAUCGCCAGGGAGACUGAGUGACAUGGGUCGUCAAGACUCGCACCAAGGUGUCACGCCGCGGCGCAAUAUAGCUGCAAAUAUUGCAAUGGCCGUUGAUGCCUGCAAACAAGAGAACAGUCAGCAAGUAAGAGCUAGAGAAAAUAUGCAAAUGGUCAAGGAGACACUGAAUGAGGGCUAUUGCGAUGGUUCUGGGGAAGCAAUUGAUCUCAUCUUUAUCGGCGAUAUGGGUGGCGUCAAGGUUUAUGUAUCCCGAGAUGUGCCGGAUGCGAAGUCGCUCAUGUCGACUAAGUCUGAAACCAUAGCACGUUUCAUUUACGUGAUACGUCCUCUUUGCGAGGUGUACAGGCUAUCGGCAUCAAGCAUACACAUUUACUACGACUCAGAAGGCCCACGUAUCGCAUUCAAUCGGAAUGCUAGCUUGUUCCUAAAUCUACGAUACUUCGAAGCAUGGCAUGACCCAGCAGUGCAGACCGGGGAACUGACGGAUGCUUACAUCUCCUGGUAUGGCACACUUUUCCUGUACUUUACACUAGCGCAUGAGAUUGCACACAACCUUGUGGGACCUCAUAAUUCGGAACACGAAUUCUACCUAUCUGCACUUUCCGAAGCAUACCUACCAUCCCUGGUCAUGCUCCUCACGUCUACGAAAUAG